AUGGCGGCGGCGCAGAAGACGAAUAAGUGUGUAUGUUACACAAAUAGUUGUUCGCACAGCUCAGGUGGGACCUGUUAUGUGUCCACUUGUACGGAGUACAAGUCGGGCUGCCUCCCAGGAUGUAAGGGCUGCGAAAAAAUGAAAUGCCAAGAUGGAAAACCAUGUAAAUGCUGUACUCCCCUUUGUGGUUGUCAGAAAGAUUGUUAUGAAGACUGUAGUGACAACAACUGUAAAGGAUUAGAUAAAAAUUGUGAGCGAUGCAAGAAAAAGUGCGAAAGGGGGAAAGCAUGUAUAUGUUAUCGUUGCAGCUGCGGAACGCAAUGUAAUGGCUUCCUCUGUGCCUGCUGUUACUAUUGCAAUCCUGGAAAAUGUCAGAGUAAAGGCACUUGCGACGGCUACGUUUUGGGGAAAUGUCCUGAAGGCAUGUGUAAGGGCCACGGUACGUACGAUGACGAUGGUCGUCCGGUAUACGUAGAGAACUGCACGUGUAAUAACGAACGCAUUGACUUCAGCUGCCAAUGCUACAAGAGCAAAUACGAUAACAAGUGCAGAUGUAUCCGCGGCGAACCCGACGGGCACGGCAAUUGCGUCGCUAAAUGCUACAUGUGUGGCAAAUUGUGCUCUCAACACUCGUAUAUUCACGAGGGCACUAUAGUGGUCGCCUCGCUUGCAGUCGCAAUGAUCAUUAUCAUCGUCUGUAGCAGGUAUCGCGAUAAAAUCCGCAGAGUGUUUUAUGAACUAAGUGGCUCUAUUUCCAGAGCACCCCAGCUCUCUAGCGCAUACACAAAUAACCUCGUCGGUGACAAAUUUCCCGAGGAGAUGAAUAUUGACCGCUACCCUGCCUUCCGUCCAAUGCCAUACGCUGGCUUGGCGUAA